AUGCACUUUUUCACAGGGCUCUUCACACUCUCCUCCUGUCCGUAUCACUAUGAAAGGGACCCUAAAAACUGGACUGAAGCGCAGAGGUACUGCAGAAAGAAGUACACAGACCUGGCCACCGUAGACAACAUGGAGGAUAUGAACAGACUGAACCACUCGACUAUAGACAGCGGUUAUGAUGGAGCAGUGUGGAUAGGACUGAAGAAGGGACUGUCUUUUAGGUGGCAAUGGUCUCUGGCAGACAUAGACUACUAUAGUGAGAGACAGACUGAGUUUAAGGAGUUUUGGGAAGAAGGCCAGCCAGGUAAAUUUGAAUGAAGAUUGUGGUGUCGUGUACAGUUCUGGAAAAAAAUGGCACGACUAUCUCUGCACUGAUCGAAAACAGCUAGUGUGCUACGACAGUGAGUUACAUACUACAUGUAUUCUAGUUAAAACACACUAACCUGGUAACACCAUCGAGGCCACCAGCAGCACAUACACACAAGUUGGCCAAGUAACAGAUUACUGUGUGGUUAUCAAAGGUUUCAAAGUUUGUCUUUGAAAUUGAUUGUCAAUUCCAAGCUUAUGAUUUCCAAAGGUUUAUGAAUUCACAAGAGCUGAUCCAAACUCUGCUGGUUGCAUUUGUCCCCAUAGGGACUAAGUCUCCAGCUGGUAGUUUCGUAAUAGUCAAAGAGCCAAUGACCUGGAGGGAGGCUCAGCGCUACUGCAGAGAGAACCACACAGACCUGGCCAGUGUGAGGAACCAGAAUGAGAACCAAGAGAUCUGUAACGUGGCCAACGGUAGCAACGUGUGGAUCGGCCUGUUCAAAGACACCUGGGAGUGGUCGGACCAGAGUAACUCCUCGUUCCGAUACUGGGGCGAUGGAGAAGCAAAUAAUACUGACAAGCGCUGCGCUGCAUGGAAUCGUAGUCCCUCAGGCCGAUGGAUAGACAGGGAAUGUCUGAUGAAAUGUCCCUUCGUUUGCUACGGUGGUAAGUUAAGAUCCCUUAUUGUGCCACCAAACUCAUCUCGUUAAAUGGGCGGUUGCUUUGGAAUAACUGUCCACACAGAUUUAAAUAUGUGACAUUAUCUUCUUGUAUGUAAUGGUGACUGUUCAUCUUAACUGUGUACAUAACCAACUCCCCUGCGUCAUGGGUUUGCAUUUUGUGGAGUUUAAUUUGACUACCUUGACCAUGUCUUUCGACAUUGAGGUCCCCAAAGCUAAAUUACCAUGAUUAGGCAACAUUAUAGAAUUGCCAGCUAUUAUACAAUUAUGAAUUAUUUCAAUUGGUGGUUUGAAUUUCCAAUUCAUUCCCUGCUGAGAAGGGUUAUAUCUGUGUAUGUGUUAGAACCAAGACCCCCAACAGUCAAGAAGAUACAGGUAGUGAGAGUGAGGAUGACCCCAGACCCAAACAUGGACCUGAAUGAUGCUGAGGUGAGGGAGGCCAUUUUACAGCAG